UGUGAAGUAACCCCAUAGAAAGUUACUUAGUCGAGUUCAGCUUUCCGGGUUGUAAGUUCUUUGCUCUAAAAUGCGUCUGUUUUUGGCAUUUUCCGGUGUAGUUCAUUUUCUAAUUACGCUAAAGAAAUCAAAGGCGGAAAUUCCCGACUGUGACUACUAUGAUACAGUGGAUAUAUCACAUAUAACGAGGCAAAACGACUCAUACAAAUAUGAUGACCUCCUAAUUCCUGCUAACCUAACUGGGGAAUACGAUUUCAAGCUGGUGAAGUGGCUUCCGAACCAACCGGUGAAGAAUCAUUUGAGAGGUUGUGUUUGCAAUCUGAGGCCCUGCGUCCGGUUUUGUUGUCCCCGCAAAAAUAUGUUGACCAAUGGCGAAUGCAACGAUGGCUUGAAGGAGGAGCUUUCCGUGGUCAAUCCCUACAUGUAUGUGACGCUCGAGGACCAUUCGGUAGAGAAGCGACACCUUCUCACCGACUUGACCGUGAUAAGGGAACAGUUUUGGCCUUGCGAUGAGAUACUCAGAGUUAGGAAUGAUGAGUACAUGAUGUUCGAGAACGGAUCUUUACUUUUCCUCGACGGCAACUAUUUGUAUUUUCAAGAGGAUUACUGCUUCUAUCGCCAUCAGAAUUAUUCGGACUUUCCAAAUUCCGUGUGGAUUGUUUUUCACAAUUGCACAGAGAUCCCCUAUCUGGCUUCCAGCGAAAUCACGGUGAUAUCGAUGGUAUGCUAUAUCUUGACAAUCGCAGUGUAUUUGUACGUAAAAAAGCUACGAAAUGUUCUUGGCAAGUGCCUCAUCUGUAGCCUUCUCAGCAGUUUUUUGGUGGACUUUACCAUUCAACUAGAUGAAUUUAUGUUAUUAAAAGAUGCUUGCUCUGCAACAGGUUACAUUUAUUACUUCUUCGAUUUAGCUUUUAACCUCUGGUUCUCUGUCAUCAGCUAUCAUCUUUGGAAGGUGUUUAGGUCGGUGAAUCGUAAUGAAUCUCGGUAUCGCUUUCUGACCCUUAGCGUUUUUGUCUGGGUAACUGCUGCUAUUCCGACUGGAGCCAUAUUUUGUGUUAAUCAAGUUUGGGAGCAGGAUCCUCAUAAAUGGAAUUGGAUGCCCUUAGUUGGUUAUAGUAAAUGCUUGGUGAAGUAUACGACUACUGCUACAAACCUGCAGUAUGGACUACUUCUUAUCUUAGGUAUCUUCAAUGUGAUCAUGUUCAUCCUGACGACCAGACACAUUCUGAAAGUAAAGAGACAACUGAAGAAAUUCUCUAACCGGCAGGAGGACACGGCGAAUUGCCUUAGCUGGACUAUGCCGGCGUAAGAGUAAAAUAUAAGAAUUUAUUGAUAAGAUAUGAUGAUCCUUUUAUAUUUCCGUAACACUUAUGUUUAUAAUCAUGUAGGCUCGAGCAUCAUAUCUUACCAAUUUUUGUUUAAUAUGUUAACCAAUUCCACAACCUAAACACAGUUACCUAGAGUAUCUAAGACUCUUCG